GAAGUGAGGGUGAGCAGGGGGCCUCGCUGGAAGUCGUCCCGGGUGUUCGCCGCUGGAGCUCCGGGUCGAGAGGACGAGGUAUCGCUGCUGGGAGAAUCCUCCGCUGCUGCCGGCUCCCGGCGCCCAGCCCUUUCCUAACCCAACCCAGCCCCAGCCACCAACACCUGUCCCGGCCGCGGACUUCAACGCUACCUACCAUGAAACCUGCGGUCUUUUUACCCUUAUCGGACCUCAGAUGCUCCCUACUGCUCCUGGUAACUUGGGUUUUUGCUCCUGUAACAACUGAAAUAACAAGUCUUGAUACAGAAAAUAUAGAUGAAAUUUUAAACAGAGCUGAUGUUGCUUUAGUAAAUUUUUAUGCAGACUGGUGUCGUUUCAGCCAGAUGUUGCAUCCAAUUUUUGAGGAAGCUUCCAACGUCAUUAAAGAAGAAUACCCAAGUGAGAACCAAGUCGUGUUUGCCAGAGUUGAUUGUGAUCAGCACUCUGAUAUAGCCCAGAGAUAUAGGAUAAGCAAAUACCCAACCCUCAAGUUGUUUCGUAAUGGGAUGAUGAUGAAGAGAGAAUACAGGGGCCAGCGAUCAGUGAAAGCACUUGCAGAUUACAUCAGGCAACAAAAAAGUGACCCUGUUCAAGAACUUCACAGCUUAGAAGAAAUCUCCACGCUUGAUCGCAGCAAAAUAAAUAUCAUUGGAUAUUUUGAGCAAAGAGAUUCAGACAACUAUAGAGUGUUUGAAAGAGUAGCAAGUAUUUUGCACGAUGAUUGUGCCUUUUAUUCUGCAUUUGGGCCUGUUUCAAAACCAGAGAGAUAUAGUGGAGACAACAUAAUCUAUAAGCCACCAGUGCUUUCUGCCCCAGAUAUGGUGUAUUUGGGAUCUAUGACAAACUUUGACGUAACUUUCAAUUGGAUUCAAGAUAAAUGUGUUCCUCUUGUUCGAGAAAUAACAUUUGAAAACGGAGAGGAAUUGACAGAAGAAGGACUGCCUUUUCUUAUACUCUUCCACAUGAAAGAAGAUACAGAAAGUUUAGAAAUAUUCCAGAAUGAAGUAGCCCGGCAAUUAAUAAGUGAAAAAGGUACAAUAAACUUUUUGCAUGCUGACUGUGACAAAUUUAGACAUCCUCUUCUACACAUACAGAAAACUCCAGCAGAUUGCCCCGUAAUAGCUAUUGACAGCUUCAGGCAUAUGUAUGUGUUUGGAGACUUCAAGGAUGUGUUAGUUCCUGGAAAACUCAAGCAGUUCAUCUUUGACUUACAUUCUGGAAAAUUGCACAGAGAAUUCCAUCAUGGGCCUGACCCAACCGAUACUGCCCCCGGACAGGAAUCGCAUGACGUAGCAAGCAGUCCACCUGAGAGCUCCUUCCAGAAACUAGCACCCAGCGAAUAUAGGUAUACUUUAUUGAGGGAUCGAGAUGAGCUUUAAAGACUUGAAAAAACAAUUUGCAAGCCUUUCAGACAGCAGCAUCAACUUAAUGUGGUGGAAAUAGUAAACCUAUAUUUUCAUAAUUCUGUGUAUUUUUAUUUUGAAUAAACUGAAAGAAGUUU